AAUUGCAGAUGUCCGGAGGACCGGCCGGCCGGCGGCCAUUGCUUCGUUGGUUCCGCCGCCUGAACUUGGAUAUCACUUUGUCCCCUGGCGGGCGACACCUUCAAUCACUAAGAUUCCUCUCUCUCCUAAGAUCCUUACGUAAUCUCCUUUUUUUUUAUGGGUUUUCUCUCUCGAUCUCUCUCCAUAUCUGAUGGGGUAUUUGAGAAUGUCGUUUAGCAACAUUUGUAAAGUGAAUAGAUGCCGCCAACCCAUGGUUAAAAACAACUAUCAAGAAGGGCGUUUUACGACGGAAACCACAAAGUGCCAGCCAUGUGUUCGACGAAAUGAUUAAGAGAGAAUAUUACCUUUUAUGUGAAAUAUUCGGACCUUACCAAGAUUUAAUAAUGUCUAGCUUUGUCUUACAUUCCUUGGACCUUAGGAGCUUCUGGGUAUGUUUAAAUUGCUUGAAAAUUAUAUCAUGUUGCAAAGGUAUGGUCAUCAAAGACUAUAAAGUUCUCUUCCAACCAAAUUGUUUGCACUGCCAUUUGGCACUCAACUUGGAGCUCUGUCACAGAUAUAAUCACUGUUGCUCUCUUCAGCCUGUUGGAACUGAAACAUUGAACUUGGUAGAGAAGACAUAAAUAGCCUGUUGAGUGUUGAUAGGAAGUUGGUCAGAUAGUUAUGGCAUGCUGACAUCUUGCAUUGUCUCUAAAGGUACAAAUCAGACAAGUUAAGAAAAUGGACGUCAAGAAAUCGCUGGAAGAUCAAUUCUCAAAUCUUCAUCCAUGUCACCCGUUGAACACAAGAAUUGGUAUUAUUGGGGGUGGUCCAAGUGGCAUCUCAGCCGCUUAUGCUUUGACCAAGCUCGGUUACCAGAAUGUAACCAUCCUAGAGAAAUAUCACACUGUUAGUGGCAUGUGUGAAUCAAUUCUAAUAGAAGGAAAAAAUUAUGAUCUUGGAGGUCAAGUUCUUGCGGCCAACAGUGCUCCAACUAUAUUUCAUUUGGCUAAGGAAACAGAAUCAGAACUGGUUGAAAUGAACUCCCACAAGCUUGCCCUCAUUGAUAGUUCAACUGGAAAGUAUCAAGACAUUCCAGUCGUCGAUGACUACGCAUCUGUAAUACCACUGACUAUCGACCUUCAGGACAAGGCAAAGCAAACGGGUCGAAUUGGGAUCCACGCGGUUGCUGAGUAUGCUUCCGAUGUUGCUCCAGCAUUUCUCGAGGGACAUGGAUUAAAAUCAGUUCCUAAAUCUGUGGCUUAUGGAUACACUGCUUCUGGAUACGGGUUUGUGGAAGAUAUGCCUUAUGCUUACCUUCAUGAGUUCACUCGAACCUCGAUGGCUGGAAAGAUCCGCCGUUUUAGGGAUGGGUACAUGAGUCUGUGGCAGAAAAUUAGUCAAGCCCUACCAAUGGAAGUUCACUGCAAUACUGAAGUGGUGGCAGUUAGAAGGGAUUCCUCCUCUGUUCGUGUUGAUGUUAAAUCUAUUGUAGGGGAACGAAGGACACUAGAAUUCGACAAGAUAAUAAUUUCUGGGGCCUUCCCUUUUAGGAGUGGAAAAACUUACGGAUCAGAUUCUCCAUUCCCCGAAAAUGAAGCAAUGGACUUGACCGAGGUUGAAAGUGGCUUAUUUAGCAAAGUACAGACAAUAGAUUACUACACUACUGUUUUGAAGAUAGAAGGAUUCGAACACUUGCCUAUUGGAUUUUAUUACUUUGAGGAAUUCAUGAAUCGAGAAAAGAUUGGGAAUCCAGUUGCAAUGCAGAGAUUCUAUGCAGACACAAAUAUCUUUCUGUUCUGGUCUUAUGGUAAUUCUGUAGAUAUAACAGGAUCAAAGGUUCGUGAGCUGGCGGAAAAUGCUGUGAACAGGAUGGGGGGAGUUGUUCAACGACUAAUUUUACAAAGACGAUUCAAGUAUUUCCCCCAUGUUAGCAGUCAAGAUAUGAAAGAAGGAUUCUUCGAAAAAGUAGAAAGUCGGCUUCAGGGUCAGCUUAACACUUACUAUGUUGGCGGGCUAUUGGCUUUUGAACUCACUGAAAGAAAUUCUUCUUAUGCCAUGUCGCUAGUCCGCAAUCACUUCGCCACCAAUAGUGCGUUACCAAUAUUCCCAUAUGUUAAGAGACUACUCCAUUUGCAACAAGAAUGCAGGAAAAGGACACCAAGAGAUUUGGGUGAAUGCAACAAGGUGGAGUUUCCUGAUUUAAGUAGUCUUGAUGGUUAUUUGAAGCAUUGGGGAAUGCAUGAAGUCACCAAAAAUAAGAUUCUCUACAAUUGGCUUAACGAUGAAGGGGAGGUGAUCUGCCAGAGAACUUACUCAGAACUUAAUGCCAAUGCUUCUUGUGUGUCUCAUAAUCUAUUGACAUGCUGUAGACCGGUUAUCAAACCAGGUGAUCGAGUUCUCCUGGUUCACGUUCCAGGUUUGGAUUUUAUUGAUGCCUUUUUCGGUUGUUUGAGAGCCAGAGUGUUGCCUGUACCUGUUCUUCCACCCGAUCCACUUCAAAGGGGUGGCCAAGCGCUUUUGAAAAUCGAGAACAUAGCAAAAUCCUGCAAUGCGGUUGCUAUUCUUUCGACAGCUGGUUACCAUACAGCUGUUCGGGCGGGGGCGUUUAAGAAUUUGGUAUCAAUCGUGGGAAAAAAUGGGAAGAAUUCCGCCCGCUGGCCUGAUCUUCCAUGGCUGCACACGGAUUCAUGGGUAAAGAACACGAAGAACAAGUCUCGAGAGGAGGAAGUGAAGAAAUCGUUCGGACCCGAACCGCAAAGCAACGACCUUUGUUUCCUGCAGUUCACAUCGGGAUCGACUGGCGAUGCUAAAGGGGUGGUGAUAACUCAUGGAGGACUCAUCCAUAACGUGAAACUAAUGCGAACCCGUUACAGAAGCACGUCAAACACGGUUCUAUUGAGCUGGCUUCCUCAGUAUCACGAUAUGGGUUUGAUCGGAGGACUUUUUACGGCUAUGGUAAGUGGGGGAACUGCUGUAUUGUUCUCCCCAUUGAGCUUUAUCAAGAACCCUUUGCUUUGGCUUCAAACAAUGAGUAAGUACAAGGCUACUCAUAGUGCAGGCCCGAACUUCGCUUUCGAACUCGUCGUUCGAAGAUUGGAGAUUCAGAAAGAUAAGCUUGCGAAUUGCGACCUUAGUUCAAUGAUUUUUCUAAUGGUGGCAGCCGAACCAGUAAGACCGAAGACUAUUGGAAGAUUUCUGGAGCUCACCGUUCCUUUAGGCUUAUCUGAAUAUGCAAUGGCACCGGGUUAUGGGUUGGCUGAAAAUUGUGUGUUUGUUAGCUGUGCAUUCGGUGAAGGACAGCCAAUCUUUGUCGAUUGGCAAGGAAGGGUAUGCUGUGGGUAUGUGGACUCAAACUGUUCUGACAUCGACAUUGAUAUUAAAAUUGUGAAUCCAGAGUCGGGUAGUGAAGAAGAAGAUGGAAAAGAAGGAGAGAUAUGGAUUAGCAGUCCAAGUUCGGGAAUUGGGUAUUGGAGUAGGGAGGAUUUAAGCGAGAGAACGUUUCGAAACAAGCUCCCGAAUGUCAUGGAUAAAAUCUACACAAGAACAGGGGAUUUGGGUCGAAUAAUUGAUGGGAAGUUAUUCAUCACAGGAAGAAUUAAGGAUUUGAUUAUUGUUGCAGGAAGGAAUAUAUACUCUGCAGACGUAGAGAAAACUGUGGAGAGCUCGUCUGAACUUCUCCGGCCUGGUUGCUGUGCGGUCGUUGGAGUUCCAGAAGAGAUCUUGUCAACCAAAGGGAUUUCUGUUCCUGAUCAUUCUGAUCAAGUGGGGUUGGUUGUGAUUGCUGAGGUUCGAGAUGGAAAACCGCCGCCUAAAGAUUUAAUCGAACAGAUCCAAACACGGGUUGCUGAAGAGCACGGCGUUAACAUCGCUUUGGUGAAGUUAAUCAAGCCGAGGACAAUCAGUAAAACGACAUCCGGUAAAAUCAAAAGAUACGAUUGUCUCAAACAGUUUGUGGAUGGGACGCUAAAUUUAGUGCCGGAGCCAUUGUUACCGAGAAGGUCUCUGGUUCGUUCUUUCACGACAGGAACGUGCAAAGAAGGAAUGACACCUCGUGCCCGGUUGGUGAAGAAUGAUGUGGGUCAAAGGUUAAAUAACAAAGAUAUAAUUGGGUUUUUGAAGGGAUUAAUUUCUGAAAUUUCUGGAAUCUCAAUAAACAAGAUUUCUACUUCUGAGAACAUGGCAACUUAUGGGAUUGAUUCUAUUGGAGUUGUUAGAGCUGCGCAGAAGCUUUCAGAUUUUCUCGGAGUUCCAAUAGGAGCUGUCGAUAUCUUCACUGCAACCUGCAUUGAAGAACUCGCAAAACUUUCAGAGGAUCUUCUGGCGAAGUCUCAUGAACCACAUAAUACAUUGGUGGGUGAAUCUUUCGGUCAAGAAAUCGAAACUGAUUUUGAUUCUUCUAGUUUAGUAUCUGAGGUUUCUAUAUCUCGUCAACUUGGUAUUAGCCUUUUGCAACUCCUAGCUCUUUUCUACGUCUCGACCAUGCUGAUCCUACCUGCCCAUUUCUCGAUUUCUGCUUUCAUCACCACGACAUCCUUCAUGGAUACAACUUCAUGGGUGGUUUAUUUACUUUCAUUGGCGCUUGCUCCACUUGCUUGGAUUCUAGCCAUAUUCUGUACCGGUGUUUGUAUUAAGGUACUAGGUAACUCUUUUCUUCAGACAAACUAUGCUCUGACCCCGGAAAUUCCAAUAUGGUCUGUUGAUUUCGUUAAAUGGUGGGCACUCUACAAAACCCAUGAAAUUUCUUCUCGAGUUAUGGCAGUUCAUUUAAGAGGAACAGUUUUUCUGAAAUAUUGGUUUGAAAUUCUCGGGGCAAGGAUUGGAUCGUCUGUUUUGCUCGAUACAGUGGACAUCACUGAUCCAUCGCUCGUUUCUAUCGGAGAUGGAGCUGUGAUUGCAGAAGGGGUGUUAGUUCAAAGCCAUGAGGUGAGAAAUGGUGUUUUGAGUUUUCAACCGAUUAGAAUUGGACGAAACUGUUCCAUUGGUCCUUAUGCUGUGAUCCUGAAAGGAAGUGUUCUUGGAGAAGAAACUGAAGUUCCAGCUUUGCAGAAGACUGAAGCAAGCAAACCGGUUCGCAAACCAAUCAACAAGAUUCGUAAGAGUUCUGAGAUGGAAAAGAAUGCAAUCCUUGACCAUUUUAUGGCAUUAUAUAUGGUUGGUUUUCUCAGUUCUACUUCAGCAGCAAUUGUCUACUCUCUUUACGUCUGGCUAUUCCAGAAGGCACCUUCGCAACAACAUUUCGCGUUCAUAUGUGUUUCCGGAACCUUCCACUGGCUUCCUUAUGUGCUCGUUGUCUAUGCCUCAAUGAUGGGUGAAGUUUACUCAGAUCCGAAGAACUUUGCUUUCUCACUCGCCAUUGGUUAUCUGGCUCAUGGGUUUAUACUAAGCCUCUUGACUAGCAUUGCCACACGGUUUGUUAUAAGAAACAAGUUGAUUCGACGGAAACUCAUCAUAGCUUGUCAUAUUAGAUUCGCAAAGUUACUUUCCGGAACAGAAGCCUUCUGCAUUUAUCUGCGUCUCCUUGGUGCGAAAAUUGGAAAAUAUUGCUCAAUUCGAGCUAUCAACCCGGUUUCCAACCCAAAACUAAUGAAGCUUGGCAACGGCGUCCAUUUGGGUGACUUCUGUAGGAUCAUCACGGGAUUCCAUUCUUCAAAUGGAUUUGUCCAAGGCAAAACUGAAGUUGGGGAUAAUUCCGUUAUUGGAAGUCAAAGCCUGAUUCUUCCCGGGUCUGUCGUUCAACAAAAUGUAAUCCUUGGAGCACUUUCCAUUGCUCCGGCUAACUCAGUCCUUAGGAGUGGUGGAGUGUAUAUCGGUUCUCAAGCUCCGAUCAUGAUAAAGAAUACGAUUCAUCCUCUCGAUGAACGGAUAGAAGAGAUGGACUUCAAAUAUAAGAAGAUUAUUGGGAAUUUAGCUGCAAAUCUUGCUGCCACUACUCUCAAGGUUGGAACAAGAUACUUCCAUAGAAUUGGUGUAAGCGGGAAGGGGACUUUGAAAAUCUAUAACAGAAUCGAAGGAUUUCCGAAUCACAGUAUAUUCCAUCCUGGUAAAAGUUAUCCAGUCAUCGUUCGUCAUAGUAAUAGCUUAAGCGCAGACGACGACGCGAGAAUCGAUGCCCGUGGUGCAUCGAUAAAGAUUCUUUCAGAUAAGAUCAACAUUCCUGAUUCUUCUUCUCCAUUGCUGGACUUUACCUUGAAAACGGGCAAUGCUUUUUACGCGCGUACAAUCUCUGAUUUCGCAACUUGGCUCGUUUGUGGGAUCCCUGCCAGGGAGGAGCAAGUGAAACGAACUCCACACAUUGGGCAGGCAGUGUGGAAUUCACUUAGAAACGCAAAUUCAUUCACCGAGCUUCAUUAUUACUCAAAUAUAUGCAGGCUCCUCAGGUUCGUCGACGGACAGGAAAUGUACGUCAAAUUCAAGUUACGUCCUUUCGACGAGAACUUCAAUGAAAACGUCGGUAAGGUGAACCCCACUGGAAUUCUCCCUCCAGAAACUGGCGCAAUUCCGAGAGACGAAAACGACGUUCGCCCUUUACUAUUCCUAGCCGACGACUUCCGUCGCCGUGUGAAUUCCUCCGACGGCGUCCGAUACGUCUUCCAACUGCAAUUCCGGCCAGUACCCGACGAUGAAAUGGUUCGGGACAUAGCACUCGACUGUACGAAACCGUGGGAUGAAACAGAGUUCCCAUUUGUAGACGUCGGAGAGAUCGUUAUCGACCGGAAUCUAACAAGCGAAGAAUCGGAUAAAUUGGAGUUCAACCCUUUCCUCAGAUUUCCCGAAGUGGAUGUUAUAAAAGCUAGUUCGUCCACCCAAAGCGCUUCAAUCGAUCAUGGACGUUCAUUGAUCUACGAAAUCUGCCAGCAUUUGAGAAACGAGGAGCCGCUUCCCGAAGCCUGGAGAAUCCUCCUAGAACAAUCCGACGUAAAGGUCGACCUUUCCGGCUGUCCAAUGGCAGCAACUUUCAAGAAAACCGAUUCAAAGAAACUCAAUCUAAAAAGAACAUGGCUUCAAUCCAUAUGGGUCACCUUUGUUCAACCCAUUCUACAAAUCGCCUUCCCUUAUUACCUAAUGGGACUAACCGUUUUCACUCCUUUAACCACCGUCUUCUACCUGAACAAAACCAUGAACUAUCCAUUACAACUGCUGCUUCCUCCAUUCUGGGUUGUCUCUGGCAUCCUAAGUGCAUUAAUCUGCGCCGGCGCGAAAUGGGUUUUUGUGGGUAAGAAUGAGGAAAGCAAACCGGCGAAGAUUUGGAGCGCAAGGGUUUUCAUGGAUACGAUAUGGCAGGCGUUGAGGACAUUAGUGGGGGAGUAUUUCAUGGAAACAACGAGUGGGUCUAGCUUGUUUGUGAUAUGGAUGAAGUUGAUGGGAUCGGGGGUUGAGUUGGGGGCUUAUGUGGACUCGAUGGGAGCCACAUUGAAUCCGGAGAUGGUGGAGAUUGAUAGAGAUGGAUGUGUUGGGAAAGAAAGUCUUCUUUUUGGGCAUAUCUAUGAAGGUGAUGAAGAUGGUGAAGUUAGGUUUGGAAGGAUUAGUAUUGGAGAAGGAGGAUUUGUGGGGAGUAGAGCUGUUGUUAUGCCUGGAGUUAGAGUUGAGACUGGUGGAAAGUUAAGUGCUCUCUCCCUUGCUAUGAAGCAAGAAACUAUUUCUGCUUCAAAGUAGAACAAAAGAAUAUUGGGGAAAUGGAAAAUGGGUUAAUUUUAAUAAACGAUGGUUCUAUUACUAUGUAUAGAAUAAGGCAGUUAAUAAAGUAAGUUAUUUUGCUAAUGCCAUUUCCAAUAAUAUUGACUAAGGUUAUCAUUUGAGCUAUCUUAUUGUCAUAUAUAAAGUUGAUCA